AGCUUGAUUAUUUUGUGGUAAUUUUUUUUUCUUAUGAAUUUCAUAAAGUUACCUGCUCUAUGUAUGAUAUAGCCUGUUUUAUGAAUAGUAAAAAAGUUACUUACAUUAAGAGAACGAAUGGAGCCGUUCUAAGCAAGGACAAACUCUAAAAAUAGACAAAUCAUAUGUAAAAAAAAAAAAAUUUAACACAAGAUACAAACAAUUUUGAAAAAAUUGUAUAUCCACUUUAAAAACAAUAAAUGACAACAGUUGUAUAAAUCCGUCUGAAAAAAUUCGUUUGUCUUCAUAUUGAAUUUCGAUUUUAAUUAAACAAAGAAAAACAGACCUUUAAAUAUAUAAAUUGUUCCGCUUAGUGACAGUAUCAAUUUUAAAUUGUUUACAUAUUUAGGAGGCAUUCAAAUCAAAUAAAAAAUCUACAAACCGUGUAUUUUCUAUAUACAAGACUAUUUAAUAAUGUCUUGACUUGACAUGGGUGGAUAGUGUAGAUACAAUUUUAGCUAAAGGUUUUAUGGUAAUAUCGGAUAAUCUGAGUAUGUAUGAGUGUAUUGUAAGUUAAAAAAUAUGUACUAGAAAACAUUAGCCAACAGUUAGCUGCUCAGAAUUUACUGCUCUAACUCUAUUUCUUAAAUACAGUAUUAAGAAGUACACCAAGUAAAUUUAUUAUACUCAGUGUGGACGGGUUGAUCAGAGUCGACUGAGAAGCAGACAACAUAUUUCUUACAUCAAAAAUGUAAAUAUCGGAAUAUAAUAUCCUUAAUAUAAUUGGGCUUACCAGUCAUUUAUUUAUGAAAGAUAUUGCAAAACCCCUAAUUGUUUUGUCAAUCUCUUCAAAGCGGUAUUAAUUUUGCAUAAUGUGGCUUAUAUUUUGCACAUUACUGUAGUUAGGUGGCACACAUAAGACCACAUAUGUAUAUGCAUUAGUUUGAAAACAAUGAUCAAACUGAGAGAACAGUAAGUGGGUGUGAGUAAUGGUGGUCGUUGGCCGUAUUAUCACUAUGCUUCUGCCUUUGUGUUCCCUUUCGAUAUGAAACAAUGAGAAAAUGAGUCUUUGUAGGUAGGUAGUUUUAGCUUACAACUAUUGGCACUGCGAGUAGUAAACCACGGGCCUAUAAAAGUCAGUUCUCCUCCCAGUUGUCAACAGUUUUAUUCAUCUCUUCGUUCUGAAGCAACAAAGUUUGUAGUUCUCAAAGUUUCAAGUUGAAAAUGAUUAGCACUAAGUUAUUUGUGUUGUUCGGAUGUGUCAUCGCAGCAGUUCUCGCUAUACCUAAAGAUCAAUUAGUUGGAGGCGCUACCCAACUUAGCGGUGAUGACUUAAAACAGGCGGAAAAUGAACUUCAAAAUUCGCUAACUAAAUUGUCUAAGGGCGACGGGCCCUCUUAUAAAAUCUCGAAAGUGAACUCAGCCAGCACACAAGUUGUCUCUGGUACGCUCUACAAAAUCAAUGUGGACCUUAUUGCUGGAAACAAUGAAGUGAAGAAUUGCAAUGUGGAAAUCUGGUCUCAACCAUGGUUACCAGAGGGUAUACAAGUCACUUUCGACUGCGAGGGUGAGGAGAAGAUUGUGCGUAAACACAGUGCUUAGUAUGGUUUUAGAUUGUAAGACUUGGAAAAAGCGUUAAUGAUAAAGAUUUUCGACUUAAAAA